UUCUAUAAUAGACAAGUCUACACAUUUUAUUUGUGUCAUUUCCAUUUUGCAUUUGGUUAGUUCUGCCAUAUGUCAAAAUUCAGACCACUUCGCUCAUCCUCGAUUAUCCUCAAGUCAACAUGCUCAAUAGAAGAAUGUUUCUGGCCACGUGGCAAGAACCCACAUAGAACACUUGUAAUGGAGCAAAUGCCGGCAAGCACGAUCGUCAAACAAGAAACGUUUGUGCUUCUUCUUUGUCUCCUACUUCCCACAUAUCUCUCAGAAAAUCCAACAGAAGCAAACUCAUUUACAACACUAACCUCGUUUCCCCUUCAACCCAAAAGCUAAAAAGACCAAUUCAAGAGGACACUCAAGUAAUUUUCCUGCCCCCAGCAAUCCGCCGGCUUGGAUUGUAGGCAUAUCUAUGUUGCCGCCAUUUUCAAAAGUUUGUUUUUCCUGUCAUCCAUUUUUUAAAACUGAACAACUCGCAUAUCUAAAUUAUAACAACCUUCCUCUCUCUUUUUUAUCUCUCUUUGCCUAAACAAACAAUGAAGGGCGACACUGACCCUUUACUAUCAGAUCAAUCUCUCAAGCCAAGAAAACUAAAAUCCCGUGGAGUAUGCUCUAGAUUUUUGUCUCCGUCCUCAUCUCCACAUGAUAAUCGAAUUCCAUCUCCAACUCCAAGCCAAGCUUCCUCACCAGUCCGCCGUAAAUCCACCGACGCUCGGAAAAACCGGAGCCUUGAAGACUCUGGUUUUAUUCGAGGAAUUUGGCCUUCAUCCAUUGCUUCUUCAUCUCCUUCACGUCCAUCAUCAAGCAACAAUACUCUUGGCACUCUUGCUGAUCAUCUUGGAAAUGAUAGACUCAGAGAUUUACUAGAGAGAAAAAAAGACGAUAAAUCUCCGAAAAGUAGCAAUGUCUAUUCGCUUACUAGGCAAAGAAGUUGCUCUGAGUAUACUAGGUCUGGAAAUGAGAAAGAGAAAGAGAAAGAAAUCAUGAAAGAAAAUCACAGACCAGUUGGAGGGUCUAUGAGAUAUACAGGAAAGUUUCACUUCCCGGGCAAAUCAUCUGCUUCAUCGUCAUCGUCAUCCUCGUCUAAUACGUUUAUUCCUGGAAGAUUAUCAGUUGAUGAAAAUGCACUAUAUCGAAAUUUAGAAAGUGCCGGUGUAUCUCGGCGAAAAUCAGAUUCUUUUAUGGAUGAUGUUGAUGCAGAAUCUGAGUGUAGUGCCACAGAUUGUAGUUCUACAGCUACAGGGAAAAACUCAAGAAAAUCUGGUAUCGAGGUUUCUUCGAAAUAUCUGCAACAUAUUCCUUCAAGGUGUAGAAGGGGCACUUCAGAUUCUAACAUUCAACAUCCAAUAUCUUUAGAUGCUUCUCCGAAAAUGAAGAAGCUUACGAUAAAAAAUGCGAUUAAGAGGGCUAAUUCUCUUACUGGCUAUGGAAGUGCUACAUCACAAUGGGCCUUGUCACCAGGGCGAUCAGGGUCACCACCGAUGUCAGUGGAAAAUAAGGAAAGGCCAUUGUCCUUCUCGAGUUUGAAACCGCCAUCUAGUCCUUCAAGAAGUAGUGCUAAAGGAGUGGAGAAAUUGUUGAAUUUAGGCCUGGACUUGUUUAAGAGUAAGAAAUGGCCUUCGUCUAGUUCACUGACUGCGGGUUCUGGGAAUGUGCAGAGCAUUCAUCAGCUAAGAAUGCUUCAUAAUCAGCAGAUGCAGUGGCGGUACGCAAAUGCUAGAGCUGAUGGUGUAUACGGGAACGUAACUAAGCAAGUAGAGAACAAUCUGUUAUGUGCAUGGCAUAGUCUUGCAAAUUUGCAACGAUCUGUGCUGCUGAAGAAAUUACAGCUUCAGAAGGAAAAGUUUGAGAUAAAGCUAGACUUCAUACUACAUUCUCAAAUAAAACAACUGGAAGCUUGGGGAGAUAUGGAAAGGCAGCACCUAUCUGCAGUUUUAAAGACUAAAGAAUGUCUAUAUUCUGUCAUUUGUAAAGUUCCUCUUAUUGAAGGUGCAAAGGCUGAGCCACAAUCGACUUCCCUGGCACUUCGACAUGCAUCAGACCUCGCAGCUUCCAUCAAGUCAACAUUGAUUACAUUUUCACCGCUGACUGAGAAGGGUGCAGCAUUCUUUUCACAAUUAGCAGAGGUGGUUUCACAAGAAAAGUUAUUGUUAGAGGAGUGCCUAGAACAUCUCCAGACAAUAUCUGCAUUAGAGGUACAAAACUCGAACUCGUAUAACCACCACAUUGGAGAUAUUGGAGAAAGGAAAUUUCUGAUGACAAAACUGUAACAAUAAGAUAACGGAUAUGCAAGCAUCUGAAGAGCCCGUGUUUAAAUGCUUUGGAUGUCUCUAUUAUAAAUUCUUGACAGUGAUUUAUUUGGGAUCGUGUUGACAGGUUCAGGAAAGGAGUUUGAAGUGCUAUAUAAUCCAGUGGCGGCAACAAAUCACUUCAUGACUUGUUCUUCUGUAUUGGAGUAGGAAACUGUAGCUUUUUGCAGCAGGGUUAACUCGAGGGAGAAUUAUGAUCAAGUAGGAUAAUGAUUAGCAGAUCAUGCAAUGAGGUGUGAUCAUAAGUGGGCGAAUGUCAUAGGUGAAAUUUUGAUUGUCAGCUUGUGUUCUUCUUUCCGUGGAAGAAUCUUGUUUCAUUUUUACUCUUUGUAGAAUGCUAUUUUAUCUUAUUCAUAAUAAUGUCCAUCUCAACCUACUCCUGCGUCAUCGUUGAUAUGUAAUGUAAACAUUCUCCUGUUUCUCAGAUGACACAAAAUCUGAGAAGUAAAAGUUUUACUUGUA